GUCACUCCGGGCGAGCCGAUUGACGCGGAGCCCGGCUGCCUCCGAGGGCACGGCACGCUGAUGCGCGACGACGGCACCCUCGUCGCGACGGUCUCGGGUGUGGUGGAGCGGGUCAACAAGCUCGUGUCGGUCCGACCGCUGCGGGCGCGGUACCACGGCGAGGUGGGCGACGUGGUAAUCGGCCGGAUUGUGGGCGCCAAGCGGUGGCGCGCCGACAUCAACGGCCGGCAGGACGCCGUGCUCAUGCUCGCCUCCAUCAACCUGCCGGGAGGAGAGCAGCGGCGGAGGACUGCCGAGGACCAGCUCAACAUGCGCCAGUUUUACGUCGAGCACGACCUGCUGUCUGCAGAGGUGCAAGCCUUCUUCCAGGACGGGGCCUCGUCGCUGCACACGCGCUCGCUCAAGUACGGCAAGCUCUCGGGCGGCUCCCUCGUCAUCGUCUCGCCCGGCCUCAUGAAGCGCCUCAAGCAGCACUUCCACCUCUUUGAGUUUGGCGUCGCCGCAAUCUUUGGCAUGAACGGCUACGUCUGGGUGUCG